AUGUCUACCAACAUGGAAUCGAAGCCAAUCUCCUAUCCAGCCAUGAAGUGCAUUAUCAAGCACUUGGAGGCGAAUACAAGAUUCCGACUUGCCGCGCAAUGCCCAUCUCUUGAAAAGAUCGAUUAGUCACAGACUCUUGUUAUAAAGGCCUUAACUUUAAAUCAAACGAAAAUUUCUGUCAAUGGAGUAGAAUACUCGCUUGGCACUGAGAACAAGUUCAAAGCUCCAUUCACUCUGGCGAUGAAGCAGCUCGAGGGACGACGCCCGCAGAUGAAUGUUGACUGGUUGGAUUUUCCAGAAGAUGGUCUCAUUCUUGAUCUUCCGCAGUCCUUCGAGAAAUUCAAAGUUUGAAAUUUCUCUCACUGGUCGUCAGAUAAUCCGCUCAUCAAUCGAUUUAUUGAUUCGAACAGCAUGCCACUGCAACUAAUCGUUCUCUCCAACUCGCUGGAAUUGCUCGAUCAAUAUAACCAACACGAAAUCUUACGAACUUCUGAAGGGUUGCAGCUUUCAGUUGUCCCACGUGAGCUAUUCCACGCCAUCGAAACUCUACCGAACGAAUUGAUCGAAGUUGAGGUGGAGGGUGUUGAGGUUAUCGAUUUUCUCAAUGUGAUUGACGCUUUGCUCAAACAAGACUUGAAAGCUGACACAACUCGUAGCUUCGUCAUACGGGAUGCCAAUUUGGUCUCGGAUUUAUUCAAAGUAUUCACUCUACUGGCAGAAGGAGAAGAUCCGGUGAUUUAUGACGAUGAUGAUGAAGACGAAGAGGAUGAGCAUAGCAGAUGCGAGGAAUUCCCAAAUGAAAUCGCAUUCAGUUUGAACGAUGCGAUGUUCAUUUCUGCUGAUGUUGAGAAAAAGGAAGACGAUUUUGUCUUUAAGAUUUGGAUUUCUAAACAAGAUAAAUAA